AUGCCGCAAAGUCCGCUGCGAAUCCCUCCACGCACUGAGCCGCAGAGCCCGUCAUCAGGUUUGAGAAGCGGCGUCGACAACAGUCGCUCUCCAUCGCGUCAUCAGCAGCCACCACACGCAUCGCGCCCCCCGCGACGGGACUGUGUCUCGACGCACUCGCGAAGACUUAGCGGCAGCACGGCGCUGCCUGCAUGGUGUACUGAGUCAACCGGAGACAAUGUGCACGGCAGAGGCCACGUGAACUCUGCAAGGCACAGGUUUGCACUGCGCUCGCCAUCGCCGUGCAAGCAGCUAGCUCGGGCGAGCAGCACGGUUCUUUCGAAUGAAACGACGUCCACGCAUCCCAACAUCACCCAUGCAUGUGGUGGUCAUAGUGGCAGCGUGGACUCCUCUCUUACGCCGGCAGUGACGACGACGCCGCUUGGAAGAGAAGACGCCACCUUGGUCAGAUCCGGCGAACGGGUGCCAGCUCACCUCCUUGUACACCCUGCCGCCCUGACCGCUACCGAGUCGGAUACGGGCUCUGCGCGCGCUGCCGCGGCUCUCGACGGAAAACGUUCUCGGCGAAUACGGGGUCCCCUGCGCACAGGUUCAGGCGAGCCAGGCAGCGCGAGGGUCUUCUCUGUGACGCCGAGCAGAAGUACAGACGUCGCAUCUGCUCUCUUGAAUUCAGGGGCGAGCGGCGCUCUUGGUACCGGCGUCAGCGGCGGGACUGUCGGUGCGACCCUCUCCAACUACCCUGACAAGACAUUCGGUGGCGUCGGCACCAGAAACCGGAGCCACUGCUCUCACUGCAAGGUGGCAGAGGAGGUGCUCUACUGUUGCCCCUGCGGCCUCGCCCGCUACUGCUGCACCACCUGCCAACACGCGCACUGGCCCUUUCACAAAGUGGUCUGCUGCCACGCUGUGCGCGCUAUUCGGCCGCCGACGCGGCAUUGUGAUUGGUGCCGUGCGCCUUCGCAGACCCUGCGUCAGUGCGGGUGUGGCUCUGCCUACUACUGCGACACGCACUGCCAACGCGAAGAUUGGUCGUACCAUUGCAUCAUCUGUAGCAGUGAGACCAGCACAGCACUGGCGACCGCACUCGUGGGCGGGCGAGUAGUGCGCGCGAGGCGCGAGGCCGCCACGCAGACGGCACACUGGCAGAUCAGCGCCCCUGUCGUUCAUCGUACUGGGCGAGGUGACGGCACCACGACGGCGGAAAAUGCGACUGGAAUGAGCGUCCAUCUUCACAGGAGCCUUCAUGAGCGGCACGGCCGAUCCGACAGCGACGGCGAGGACAACACCUCCUGUGGUUCGUCCAUGCGGGCAUCGCGUCGCCGGCGCUCCCAUGCUCGCGCAAUGUUGGAGCACGGGUCGCAGGUGGGAGUGGAUAGCGGAUCUGGUGCCUUCACGACGUUCCGCCAGAACGGCGAGACGACUGUGCGGGCGUCAAGCUAUGCCGAUACAGGAGGUCGCACAGCAACCUCUACCCAAGCUGCCAUCGCUUAUGAUGGCAUGGACGCUGGCCAGUAUGGCGCGGGGUUCGCCGAGAUGAACUCGCGCAGCAUGCUCAGCCACCAUCACGCUACCGGGACGCUCUACAAAAGCCUGCACAUCAACACAAGCGCAGCGCAGCAGCAGUGGCACAAUUCUUUAUUGGACGGUUCGGGUGUCGGGUGGUCGCAGUCGCUGCGGCUCAGCCAGGGUGGAGAACCCAAUCACAGAGCUGCUGGCGCCUCCCUCCAACACCAACAUCACCAAUCCUCUCUGUUGACCGAUCACCACAUGUACGUGAAUCACGCCAGCCAGUUAGAGCUCAUGGACCGGAACCUUUUCCCCGUGGCCAGUCCCACCACCCGAGAUCAACCAGGCGUGGUCGCAUUCCUAGUCGCAUCACGCCACAUUCUGGAGAGGGAGGAGAUCAGCGCACGAGCUGCGCUCUUCCGCAAGUUUCGGCUGGGGUGCACCGGGCUUCAGAUGCGUGUGCUCGGCAAAAGGGAAGAGGAAGAGCGCAUGACCAUCUUGAAGGACGAGGUAUUUUGGUGGGUGCGGACAGGCAAUCCUGCGUGGAGGAAGCUAACGCAAGAGCUGCAGCGCUUUUAUGAGGCGCGCACAUGA